ACCUCACAAGUAGGAAAGCCCUAGCGCACAAGCCUGAGUCACACGUAAGGGGCUUGCUCAGCCAGAUUCCCGCCCCGCGCCGUGCUGGGGAUUGAACCCAAGACCUCGCGCACACUGAGCAAGUGCCCUGCCACUGAGAAGCCCCAGCUAUCAGACUUCAUGUGAAAGAUGGCUAAUGCAGAAGUGAGUGUCCCAGUGGGAGAUGUGGUUGUGGUACCCACUGAAGGAAAUGAAGGGGAGAACCCUGAAGACACUAAGACUCAAGUGAUCUUGCAGUUACAACCUGUGCAACAAGGUUUGUUUAUCGAUGGACACUUUUACAACAGGAUUUAUGAAGCUGGGUCGGAGAACAACACGGCAGUUGUAGCAGUAGAAACUCACACAAUACACAAAAUUGAAGAAGGAAUUGAUGCAAGCACUAUAGAAGCAAAUGAGGAUAUGGAAAUUGCUUACCCCAUAACUUGUGGAGAGAGCAAAGCCAUUCUCCUCUGGAAGAAGUUUGUAUGUCCAGGAAUAAAUGUGAAAUGUGUUAAGUUCAAUGAUCAGUUGAUCAGCCCCAAGCAUUUUGUUCAUCUGGCUGGCAAGUCCACUCUGAAGGACUGGAAGAGAGCCAUUCGUCUGGGUGGAAUCAUGCUUAGGAAAAUGAUGGACUCUGGACAGAUUGAUUUUUACCAACAUGAUAAAGUUUGCUCCAAUACCUGCAGAAGCACCAAAUUUGAUCUUCUGAUUAGCAGUGCAAGAGCUCCAGUGCCAGGACAGCAGACAAGUGUGGUGCAGACACCCACUUCGGCCGAUGGUAGCAUCACACAGAUUGCCAUCUCAGAAGAGAGCAUGGAAGAGGCAGGACUGGAAUGGAACUCGGCUCUCACUGCUGCUGUCACCAUGGCCACAGAGGAGGGUGUGAAAAAAGACUCUGAGGAAAUUUCAGAGGACACAUUGAUGUUUUGGAAAGGAAUAGCUGAUGUAGGCCUGAUGGAAGAGGUUGUCUGCAACAUACAGAAGGAAAUAGAGGAGCUCCUAAGGGGAGUUCAGCAGCGGCUCAUCCAGACUCCCUUCCAGGUCACAGAUGCUGCUGUUCUCAACAAUGUGGCACAUACCUUUGGCCUAAUGGACACAGUUAAGAAGGUUUUGGACAACAGAAGGAACCAAGUAGAGCAAGGAGAAGAGCAAUUUCUCUAUACUCUGACAGACUUGGAACGCCAGUUGGAAGAGCAAAAGAAGCAAGCCCAGGAUCAUAGGCUGAAAUCCCAGACAGUUCAAAAUGUGGUACUGAUGCCUGUGAGCACUCCUAAGCCUCCAAAAAGGCCUCGGCUCCAGCGGCCAGCCUCCACCACCGUCCUGAGCCCUUCUCCUCCUGUGCAGCAACCUCAAUUCACAGUCAUCUCACCCAUCACCAUCACCCCAGUGGGUCAGUCAUUUUCCAUGGGCAAUAUUCCAGUGGCCACCCUCAGCCAGGGCUCCAGUCCUGUGACUGUCCACACACUGCCUUCUGGCCCUCAGCUCUUCCGAUACGCCACAGUGGUCUCCUCUGCCAAGAGCAGCUCACCAGAAACAGUGACCAUCCACCCUUCAUCUAGCUUGGCACUGCUAAGCUCUACUACCAUGCAGGAUGGAAGCACCCUGGGCAACAUGACCACCAUGGUGAGCCCUGUGGAGCUGGUAGCCAUGGAGUCUGGCCUGACCUCAGCACUCCAGGCAGUUGAAAGCACCGCAGAGGAUGGGCAGACCAUCAUUGAAAUUGACCCAGCCCCAGACCCUGAAGCUGAAGACACUGAGGGCAAAGCAGUCAUCUUGGAGACAGAGUUGAGGACUGAGGAGAAAGUAGUGGCUGAGAUGGAAGAACACCAGCACCAAGUCCACAAUGUGGAGAUUGUGGUCUUAGAGGAUUGACUGGGGAUCUCGGGGCCAGGAGAUAUGUUUUGGUUUGGAAUUUUAAUUAUUUGUUUAUUUUUAUCAUUGUCCCACUCAUUUCCACAUAGGAUCCUUCCUUUUUUUUUUUUUUUUUUAGAACAAAAUUUCAUUGUUAUAACUGAAAAUGUUGGAUUCCUCCCACUCUCUCAUUGAAAAAUGGACAAAACAAACUGCCCUUCCACAGUUGAGAGUAGGUCAUUCAAUGUCUUAAUCAUCUUACUCCAUGAAAGUUAUUUUUUUAGGGGAGGCAUCAAAAUAACCAGAAACCCUUUCCAGACUAGUCUAUCUGUGUACGCAUGUGGUUUUAUUCUUGUAAAGAUGAUUGACCAAACUCUGGAACACAGAUCUGACACUGGAAGGCAACCCAUUCACAUGUGGAUGCAGAAGUAUGCUUUUUUUAAUUUGUAUCUUGGAAAGGAUUCUCAGAGGGCAGUGCAAAACUCUGAAACAAAAAGAAGUUGAACUCUGCUUGGAGGGGAAGGUAGCAUGCUAGCUGCAGCUUAAAAAGGGAAAUGCUUUCACAAGGGUGGGGCAAGGGAAUUAACUUACCUACAAAGGUGCAACUGAUAUCACUUAAGAUCUCUGAGGGUUGUUACUAGGGGUACCAUUUGAAAAGAGGCCAGUAAUAAGUGGAAGUGUACAUUUUCACAGAGUAAGUGAUAACAGUGGCCUGUGGCUUUGCUGAAAUAGAAAUCAAGGGACACUACAGCUGUGCUUUAAAGUUCAGGGUGAUAGCUUCCUUGCCCCCCACUUUGUAGAAGCACUUACCCUCCUAACCUAGGAUCAGUUCUUUCAUUUGCAAACUGUGUGAUGUGGUGUAAAUUGCUCUGGUCUUUAGAGUGUGGCUGCCUGUGGGUGGGACUCCAAGGCCAUCAUUUUUAUUGCAUGACUCCAGGAACAGGGGGAGUUCCUCAUUCAGACCAGCUUCCAUCUUUGAUGGGGCCUUUCCCCCUCCUCCUCCUUGGCUUUGGAACCAAAAGCAGUCACUCAUCUGGUGCUUCCUCUUGUUCUCCCCUCUACCCUCAAUUCUUAAUGGCAUCUGUCUUCUGGAUCCCACGCUCUUCAGCUUUUUGGCUGAUUUGGAGAUCAGUGACAGGUGCCUGCCUGCCUUCAUCUCCUUUUAGAUUCAUUUAUACCACAGAUGUUUCUGUGAGAUACUGAGCUCAUAAAAAGCCUUAGGCUUGGCAGGGAAAACUGGUAACACCCCCAGCCUUUCCUGAGGCACCAACUAAAUGUCUCCUCUUGAGUGAGCUGGACUCCCUGGGAAAGAAACAUUAUCUGUGACAUUAUAUUAUAGGAAAUGUACCAGGAAUGUCAGUAGUAAUGUCGUGUUUUGUUUUUGUUUUCCUAAAUGUUGUUUGUAUAUUUAGAGCUGGCAAUUUUUUUUUUUUUUUUUGUGCUAUGAUUCCUUCUCUUUGACCGGUCCUCUUCAGUGUUUGGGAUAAGAGUAGACCCUGUUUUUUUGUUGUUUCUUUGACUUCAUUGUUUACUGCACCAGGAUAAUAUAGGGAAACUACAGGCAACUUUAAUGAAAAAAUAGGUAAAAAAAAAAAAAAAAAAAAAGCACACACUUUAGGAAUGGGAGGAUUUUUUUUUUUUUAAUUAAAAGCAAAUCUUUGACCUGUAGUUUCUUUCCUUUUUUCUUUCUUCUUUUUUUUUAAAGAAGGCUUUUCUCUGAAGGUGUGUUUUUUCCCAACAGAUGUUGGAAACUGUAUCAAAGCCAGUGAAAAUUGUGUUCUGCCAUCCCUUGGAUGGCUGCAUAUAGCCAGAGAAGCCCUCUAACUGGGGAGGGUCAAUCUUAAAAGUUGUAAGAGUGAGACUUCUGAACUCUGUACAAGUAGUGGUUUCAGCUUUAAAAUUAGGGUUUGAUUUUUCUUUUCAAAAUAUUUAGUAGACUUAGCAUUCAGUUUAGAAAAAAAUCUUUGGCCUUUUACAUAUCUUUAGUGAGGGAAGUGGCUUCUGUUAUCUGCUUCUUUAGUUUUUCUCCUGGUACAUAAACAAAAUCUCUGUCUAAAGACUGAAGCUACUACUUGAAUCUAGAAAGGCACAUCUCAUCCCUAUUGUGAUCUUUAGGGAUACUUUUCUCUUUCCCAGAAAUGAGAGGACCAAUUCAGAAUAGCAGAGGAACCUAAAGAUUUUGGUGAGCUAGCUCAAGUUUCUUUCUUUUCCCCAUCAGAGCUGUUGGUAGUGUAUAAGGUAGCAUGAACAUCAUGCUUCCAAUGUCAAGAGAUCUCCUGAAGACACAACCUGUUGACUUUCUGAAUAUUCCAGCUGGUGAAAUACAUGAGCUUUACUGUUUUGCUGGUCUUCCAAUGACCUGUCAUUAUUAGCUGCUGUAGUAGCCAUUGCUCUGUGUGAGUUCCCUGACUCCCUGGUCUAGGUGAUUUUAACUGGGGUGAGACAUCAGCAAGCCCCUGAUACGUGCACAAGCAGCUGCAAUGAAUCUCCUCAGGCUGAUUUGAUAGGAGCCAUCUAUCUUUCUAUUCAUUCAUUAAAUAAACAUUUAUGAAUACCACUUAUGUGCCAGGCUUUGUGCUAGGCACCAGAAGUGCAAAGAUGAAGACAGUGCCUACAUUCAAGGAGUUACUUCUCCAAACCUCUGGAGUUGUUGUCAAUCUUCCAAUAUAUUUGGUUUCUUUUGUAAUCCUAUGUAUCUUAUUUUAUGCAUUGAAAAACAUUAUUCUGAGAAUUGGUCUAUAGAUUUCAGGAUUGUGCCAAAGAAACAAAAAGGUGAGAAGCCACCUCCAAUGAGAUUCUGAAACAUGGAGGUGAGUGCAGCUACAGGGUUGUUGGCCUGGAGAUAAGAAAGCAAAGGGUCAAGCUCCUAACUCACGGCGGGGUUCAUAAAAGAGAAAAAAUCUUUAAUCUCUUGCUGCUUCUGCCUGCAGAGGCAGGCAGAGUCAGUGGAUGGGCAAUCUCCUGAGAGUGCCUCACUGGAGAAAAAUGAGUGUACCUGGGCUUCUCCAGGUUUCCAUCAAAUGAAACCAGGGCUGAAUCUGGUGUAGGACUGGAGUCUAGCUGGUAAAGGGGAAAUGCUCCAGACCCUGCCAUGUGGUUUCUCCAAAGGCCUGAGUCAACUGUACAACUGUCUUGUCUUGGCCAUGUCCCUGUUUGGUCCGUGCCUUAUUCCCAUAUCCUUCUUAAUUUCCAUAUCUAACCUGCCCCCCAAAGUAGUGAUUCUGAAGUAAAAAUGGACCAUAUACAUGAAUAUUGAAGAUUCACAAUCACUUCAGAGUGCAUUUUUUACACACCUAUGUUCAUAUUAGGAAAGGAGGGUCAGUGUAAAUUCAGUGUUAGAAAUUAACAGUUAAGGUGGCUUUGAUAUUCUUUAAUGGUGGCCAUUUACCCUGUGUCAAAAGGCAGUAGAGGUGAGUAUAUGGUGGUGAGUACAGAGUUAUAACCAUAGCAAGAUUAAAGCAUGAAAUAUGGAAUUACUAGUUGACUGAGUUCUAACUGACCCAGGUUUUAAAACUCUCAAGAGUUAGAAAGGAAAAAAAAAGGUUGAAUCCUGAAAAUAGACAUAAGGUUAUGAUUCACCUUGGACAAUACUACUUAGGAAAUAGUUCUCUCAGUCAAAAAAGGGACACCAGCCUAGCUCCUGCAUUUCAGACAACUUUCGUAAUACAACUGAUCACUUCCCUGGAGGUAGGACAGAUCCCUUUCACUUAGGAUGAUCCCUCCCUGGAAUUUUUUUUUUUUUUUUUUUUUUUUUGGUAGUGCUGGGAAUUAAACCCAAGGGUUUGCACAAGCUAACCAAGUGCUCCAACGUUGAGCUACAUCCCCAGUCUCUCCAUGGGAAAUUAUUGGGUAGUCUAUAAUGUACUUUCAUAAGAUCCAUGGUUGUCAGGGACCCCAAGGAAUUGGUUCUGCCAGAUUUAGACUCUGUCCCUUGAAUUUCUAUUUUAGUACCAUUUGAGUUCUUUCCAGGUUUCCUUCUCAAGACUGGAACACCUUUGCCCUUAGUUAUGCAAUUUGACUUACUUUAUUUUUAAUCCCCUCUGUAUACACUCCUUCAUCCUUGUCUUUUUCUGUUUCAUUAAUUCUGCCUUUCUGCCAGGUCAGUGCAGUAACUUUCAACUCUUUUUUUUUCCCCAAUACUGGAGUUAAACCAGGAUGCUUUACCAUUGAACUACAUUCUCAGCCAUUCUUAUUUUUGACAGGCUCUAAGUUGCUUGAACUUGCAAUCCUCCUGCCUCAGCCUCCUGAGUGUUGUUUGGAUUACAGGUGUGCACCAAUUUACCCUGCAAUUUUCAACUUUUUUCUGGAGGGUUUUGGGAGUAGGGAUUGAAUUCAGGGGCAUUCUAUCACUGAGCCAAAUUACUGGUCUUUUUUUUAAUUAUUAUUAUUAUAAUUUUAAGACAGGGUUUCAUUAAGUUGCUGAGGCUACCCUCCAACUUGUGAUCCUCCUGCAUCAUGCUUCCUAGGCAGUAAGACUACAGGCCUCUAUCACCUUGCCUAGGUAGUACCUGAAGUUUGUAUUAUGUCUUCUGAGCCUUUCAACAUAACAGAACCCACACCCUGCAUUCUGCAUUGUGAAAUUGCUCUGGGCUUUCCUCAUGUUAUCUCUGGUUUCCAUUUCUGUACCACUACUGGUAGUCAUGUCUUGGAAUUUGGUAUAUAUGGAUCUAUCUUUGUAGUUUGAGAACAUGAAUAAAUAGUCGGUUUGGUUUACAA